AUGAAAAACAUUUUAAGAAAGGUAAAAUUUACAAAAAAUGGAAAAUUUCAAAGGUUCCAUUUUUGUACUUCUGAAAUAGUCGAAAAAGAAAAUUCCAUAAUUAAUUAUAAGAUGAUCUUAGGCUUAAAAAAAAUAGAAAUAUCUAAUUUGUCAUCUUUAUGUAGAGAUUUUCAUAAUAUUUUCAGAAUAGAUAAAUACCAAUUAUUAAAAUAUACAAAUGAAAUAUUACCUUUUAUAAAAUACUUAAGAACAAGUGAAAUAGUAAUGAUUUUGCAUCACUAUUCUUUUAUAAAUUAUAAUAAUUUUAACUUUUAUAAUAACAUAUGGAAUCAAAUUAUAAAUAAGUUGUAUGAUAUUGAUUGCAAAGAAUUAGCAUUAAUUAUAUAUAGUAUGGGGAAAAUAAAAUACAUUAAUAAAGAUAUGAUUUUAUUUUUUGAAAAUGAAAUAAAAAAAUGGAUACACAAAUUUAGUGGAAGGGAUUGUUCCUUAAUAUUAAAGGGAAUGAAGAAUUUAAAUUAUAAUAAUGAUGAAGUAUAUGAAUUAGUUCAUGAGAGAAUUUUAAAAAUUUAUGAUGAUUUAAAUAUUUUAGACAUAUGUAUUAUUUUAAAUACUCAUAGCAAACAUAAGAAUGUGAAUUUACGUUUAUUUGAAAUUUUAUUAAAUAAAUCUUUAACUUAUUUUUCUGUUAUAAAUGAGCAGUGCAUAGGAUCUAUACUUUGGAGUAUUAGUAAUGCUAGCAUUAAAGCAGAAAAAUAUUUUUCUCUAUUAGGAUUAAAGUUAAGGUUACUUAUGUAUGAAAAGCUUCUGAAAGAUAAAAAAGUAAAAGAAAAUAAUGAUUCUGUUAAUGAAAAUAUUGUUAAUAAUAAAAAUAGUUCAAAGGAAGACUUGUGCUUUAGUAAUAAAGAAAAAAUUGAAAUGAAUAGUAAUAAUAUAUAUCAGAAACACUUGGAUAGUGAAGAUGUUUCUGAUGAAAUAAAUUAUAAAAAAACUAAUGAGAGAAAUACAAAUAAUUUAAAUUGUAAUAAUAAUAAUUUUCAAAAUAAUUUAAAUGAUAUUGAGAAUAAUUCAAGUAAUAGCACUGAUGGUUUAGAUGAUUUUAAUUUGCAAAUAAGUUCUCAUAAUACUUGCAAAUACGAAAAUUUAUUGCCGUCAAUCAUUUAUUCUUAUGGGAAACAAAGAACAUAUUUGAAAUAUAACAUUAAUAUUGAUAAAAAUUUAUAUAACGAUAUUAUAAAUAGUUAUAAUGUAGAAUAUGAACCUAACAUUGCCCCUGUUGAAACUGUAUAUUUAUUUGAUAUAUCUAGAAAAAUUUUAAAAGAAAAAAAUGUUUUUAAUAAUGCUAAUGAUAAAAAAAAUAAAUUAAAAAAGUAUCAGAAUAAAAAGUAUUAUCAAGAUAUUAUUUAUAUCAUAAAUAAUUAUCUUAAUUUUUUUUUAAAGGAAAUACAUUACAAUGACUUAAAAAAUGUUUUAUUUGGAAUGGCAAAAAUCGAAAUGCCUGUUAAUAAAAACUUAUUGAACAAUAUUUUUGAAUUAAUUAUUAUAUAUAUAAAUAAAAACUUGUAUAAAUGUUAUGAAAUUAUUAAUUUAUCUAGGUCUCUAUCAUUAAUUCCUCAUGUAAAUUCAAAUAUAUGGACGAUCUUAUUAGACAGUUAUAAGGACAAUUUUCUCUCCAAUACUCAUGUUAAAAAUAACAGCUACUUAUUUUAUAUAUUUUCUUUCGUAAAAAAAAAUCUUAAUAAUUAUAAUUUUGAUUCAUAUUUAAUUGAACAUAUAAAUAAAAAAAUUAAUAACAUUAAUAAAGAUGAUGUCAUUUACUUAAUAAAAGGCUUAAUAAAUCUUAAUUAUUAUCACAAUGAAUUAAUUAAUAACGUUUCCAAAUACAUUGAAAAAAAUUACGAAAUAUUUAACUUAAUUGAUAUUGUUUAUAUUUUAAAGUAUUUCACUUUAAUGAAUUUAAGAAAUAUAACAAUUUUUAAUCUGUUUGCAAAAACAAUUAAGAAAAAAAAUAUAAAAUAUAAUUAUGAACUUAUUUCAACAAUAGCUUCAUUUUAUUUAGAGAUGGAUGUAUAUCCCAAAGUUAUAGAAGAUAUACUAAUAGCAGAAAAAAGAAAUAAUGAAAAAUGUUAUAAAACAGAAGAAAUUCAAUGUGAUGAAGAAUAA